GGGCGGUAAAGCGCUGUUUUGUCUUCUUCCGUCAUCAUUCAGCGCCAUUUUCAACCAAGCCGACAACAUGACAGCGGAACGGAGCCUCGCUGAAAGUAUGGUGCGACCUGAAUCCCUCCUAAGUUUGAGGGCGGAUGAGGUUUUAGUCGGAGAGCAGCAGGAGCCCGAAGAGAGAAACCCGUUCAGCUUCCGCCCUCAGCUCAUCCACCUGCACAAAGACCACGAGCUUUUCGAGGAUGGAGACAUCAAGAGACACAUGUACCUGCAGGACCUGUACACCUGCGAGGCGGAGGAGAAGCCGGCGGUCAGUGUGUCACAGUUCGCCUGUCACAUCUCCGGCUGCAGCGCGACCUUCAGCACGCUGGAGGAGUACGAGCACCACUACAACUCCCUCCACAGACACGUGUGCUGCUCCUGCCGCCGCUCCCUGCCCAGCGCCCGCCUCCUGGACAUCCACAUCCAGGAGUGGCACGACUCCCUGUUCACCAUCCUCUCCCUGAAGCAAGACAUGUACCAGUGUUUGGUGGAGGGCUGUGAGCAGAGGUUCAGAACUAGUAAGCACAGGAAAGACCAUUUAAUAACUUUACACAAGUAUCCUCCAGACUUCAGGUUUGAUAAACCCAAGAAGGAAAAGAGAUCGACAAAGAGACAUCCUGUAAAGGACACACACAUGGAGGCAGUAGACGACAUCUGUGAAUCUGAGGGUGUGUGUGAGGUUAUGUGUAAAGUGCUGUCAGAUCACGCUGAUCAGGAGGAAUCCAUGGAGACGCAGGUGGAAGAUGAUCUUCCUGCUGUGAAUCAGGACACAGAGCAGACCAGCACAGCUCCACCACCAUCAAAACCACAAUACUCCUACAGGGUCCCUCCAACAGUGUGCUUUGGUCACGGCUCUGUUCGCGGCUUCAGAGGACGCCGGGGUCGCAGAAAAUGAAGCACCACAAUAAAACAACAACCCUGUGAUCAGUAUUCACCAUUUCCACUGUCAAAUAUAUGUUCUCAAGUCAAAAUAAAAGUUUUUUCUUUA